GAGAACUAAAGAAAUUAGCUGUUUAAAAAAAAUCUUUGUGGUUUAUUUAGAAUGCACACAUUCCAAGAAGAUAAAGCAUUGUGUCCACCCAUCAAUUUUGUCAAAUAUAUUCUCCUCCUUUUAUCAUCUUCAACCUUAGAAACCUCAAUUCCAAAAUCAGAAUUUCCACUUUUGACUUUUGAUCAUCGAAUAAGGCUGCAAUCAUACAUCAAAUCUCUCUCACGCUGAUUCUCUACAGUUCCGGUUAACUUGCUAAAAGAAAGAUCAUGUCUUCCUUUGCUACAGCUGAAGUUUGUGAUGCACACGCGUCCCACCUAGCAAACGGUGAUCUCCGGGCCCUGGCGCCUGUAUUCAAGACUUACGGCCAAUGCCGGGCUUUCUCAGGGCCGGUAUGCACGCUCAAGGUGUUCGAAGAUAACGUGUUGGUUAGGGACCAUCUUGAGACCAAAGGGGAAGGAAGGGUUCUAGUGAUUGAUGGAGGAGGGAGCAUGAGAUGUGCACUUGUGGGUGGCAAUCUUGGUCAAUUGGCUCAAAACAAUGGGUGGGCUGGGAUUGUGGUUAACGGUUGCAUCCGCGACGUGGAUGAGAUCAAUGGGUGUGAUAUAGGGGUGCGAGCAUUGGCGUCGCACCCUCAGAAGUCGAAUAAGAGAGGCGUUGGUGAAAAGUAUGUGCCGGUUCAUAUUGGUGGAACCUUGAUCCAUGAUGGGGAAUGGUUGUAUGCGGAUAGCGAUGGGAUCCUUGUGUCGAAAAACGAGUUGUCUUUAUGAAAUAGUUAGCCAUUCAUAAUAUAUAAAUUGGCAAGUGUUUAGUAAUUUGUUUUUUGUACUUUUAAUAAAAGUUUUAAUAAGAUAGCAAUGAACCUCUAAUGAGUAUUUCAAUAAUUUAUAAAUUAGGGAAUUCCA